AUGUGUCAUCCUGACGUAUCAUGGGUUGAUAUACUACCGACAGUCCUACUUGGACUUAGAACCGCAUUUAAGGAAGAUCUUCAAGCAUCACCUUCCGAUUUACUUUAUGGUGAUUCAUUGCGUCUUCCAAACGAUUUCUUUGAUGAAGCCGAUAAUCCUGUUGAUUCUCCUGAAUUUUUACGAAAACUUCGGGAAUAUUUUAAUCUUGUGCGCCCUACACCAACAGCUCAUCACAAUAAAGGCAAGAUGUUUAUCUUGAAAAAUCUUCAUGAUAGCACUCAUGUCUUUCUACGUACUGAUGCUGUUCGAGGACCUCUAAAGACACCCAACACGGGUCCGUACAAGGUUAUAAAACGACUUUCAGACCGGUUAUACACAAUACGAAUCAAAGAAAAUGAUGUAAACGUAUCCACAGACAGGUUAAAACCAGCUUUCAUCAUAAAUGAAACUCAGCAAAAUAUCACUUCGGAAAUUCCCAACACACCACUUGAUCAACAAAGAACAAAUUCUACAUCUCAAAAUACCUCAUCUGCUAAUCAACUUCUUUCUAGUCUUUUGUUAAAGUAA